AUGACUGAGCAGAUGAAGUUUAUUGUGAAGGAAAUCAACGUAACUUUAGGAAGAAAUUAUGACUUGAUAAAGUUCGAUGCUUUGGAAGAAAAGCAAUUGUUGCAGUUACUUGUGGACUUACUGGCUUAUUUUAAUGCUGGCGAAAUGUUGGACAUUACCUUGGAAGAAAGUGAUACUGUAUCGGUGAGGUUACUGGAAAUGUUGAGCAAUGUUAAGUACCGACCACCAUCUGCAGUAGACCCAGCGGUAUUUAGAUCUCAACUCCUCGCAGGAGAUUCUAGAACCAUUCACCAUGUGCUAUAUUGGCUUUUAACGAACAAGGACCAAGUUAAGAAUACAGCGUAUCUUGCAAGGUAUUUAAAGCUUCCCGAAAUACCACCGGAUGUUGCGAGAAACAAUACAAUCCAAGAUUUACUGGAGUUGUAUCACAAUCUCAUCGACGAGUUUAAAGACGUUCACAAAAGGACCAGACACCUUCAAAAGGAAAGUGCGGCGGAAAUUAUCAAUGAUAUCAAAGAGAUGGCAGUGGAACGAGAUAUUGUGAUAAAAAGAUUAGAAAAUGUUCAAGUGCAUCUAACAGACGUUAAUAAUAAAGAAGAGCUUCUACAUGAAAGUAAACUUUUAAGAUUGCAACAGGAACGAGCUACGGAACUGGAAGCCCAGUACGAAACUCAACAAACGCAACUCAAAACAGCAUCAGAGCAACUAAAGCGGUACUUGAAUGUUAUUCAUGGGCAGAGCGCCGCUCCCAGGACUGCUAACGAUGUUAUUAAACAUUUACAAGAAGAAAUCCAGCUGAAUAGAUAUCUGGUAAAAGAAAAACUGCCGCAAGAAACUAGUAAUUUACAGAAAGAGCUGAAUAUUAUGCAAACUGUAACUAUGGAGCAACAUCCGACCCGUAGCGAUUUAAAUGUAGUACAAGAUAAGAUAUCUAAAGUGAACGGGGAGAUCGAACAAUUGGUGCAGCAACGCCUCGCUACAUCUGGCUCGCAAGAAGAUAAGUUGGCUCCUUUCCGCCAGCAAGCGUCUGUUAUACGACGUAAUAAAGAGUCCAGUGCGACUCACGUACACGAACUUGCAGCAACAUUGAAGGAACACGAAGCUACCUUAGCCGACCUACAAUCUGAAGUAAAACAACUCCUUGGAGACAUGGUAUUGAGAGGUGAAGAGUUGAAGAAGUAUGUUAAUUCUUUACGUUCAAAAAGUACAGUUUAUAAAAGGCAACGAGCUAAUUUGUCGUCGUUUAAGGUUGAAGCUGGUAUUUUAACUAGAACUUUACAAAUUCUAAGUACUUCAGAUCCGACCAUUGAAAUGACUUUAUUAAAUAAUAGAAAAAUGAAAAUUGAUGAUGAUGAAACUCAAAAGGCGUCUUUAGAACAAACAGAUUUGACCAAAAAGUCAUUUCAUGACUUGUCACAGCUCGUAGCACAAACUGCCCAAAAGCUGUCACAAGUGCGACAAGAACUACAGCCAUUGGCCGAUAAAAUAAAACCUAUCAAACAAGAAUUCCAAUCAAUUCAGCAAAUGUAUGAACAAAAGAAACGAGUGUACGAAGCUACAUCUAUAAACAUAUCUUCCCAAAUGGAACCCUUAAAGAAUUUAGUUAAGGAAUUGACAGACCAACUGAAUAGUAAGGAGGAUGAAUGGAAAAACUUGAGGCAAAAGAUUACAAAGGCAGAAAGUUUGCAGGAAGUUGUAAUGUUUGAAAUGAAAAAUUCAAUGCAGUCCCCGCGAAAGCCGUCAAAGAUGGAGACGUUGAAGAAAAAAAUAUUCGAUUUGGAAGAGAUUGUCGGUCAUUUGGAAGAAGAACAACGUGCUAUCAGCUCUCGCCAGGGAGCAGUCGAGGAACAGACCCGACUUUGGCAGAAUACUCUCCAGCUGCUACGUUGCAAGUUGAAGACUCGCAGCGAGCCGGCGCCGCGCCAAGGCCGUAUGCACAUCACUCAACACUCGCAAAUGCUAACUCUUACAUAA